AUGUAUUCAGAUAAAGAACCAUUUCCUCAUUGGCAGCUGCGUGAUUUUCUGAACAUCAAACCAGAGUUGCUGAAUCGUCUUCAUAAAGAACUCGUAAAAUACAAAGGAUGGAAUCGUAAAGAGAACGACUUGUACUCUCUCUAUCAAACCCCUGACUUGAAGUCGAUCGAUCCACUGGAGUACCCAACUAUCCGCGCUUUUCGGGAAUUUCUUUGUGGCGAGAUGAGAGAAUGGUUGGCGAAUACGAGUGGAAUCGAACUUUUACCUCAAGUGGAUGCCACUGGAAGUUGUUACGGAACCACUGACUGCCUUCUACCACAUUCCGACCAGGUCGAGAAUAGACGAUUUGCAUUCGUUUUUUAUCUGACGUCUGAAUGGUGCGACAAUUAUGGAGGGCAGACGAACAUCUAUAACUGCGAUGACAAUUGUGAUCCCACAACCGUAUACAAUUCGCUCUCUAUUUCGAGGAAUUCGCUACUUCUUUUCGAAGUAUCAGAAAAAUCGUGGCACUCUGUUGCCGAAGUGAUCGGCGAUGACCAUGAUCCGCGUCUUUCUAUUAAUGGUUGGUUUCACACUAAUCGCCCGAUUGAGCCACGUAUACGACCACCGUUGAUUCGUCCUCGCUCGAUACCUCAUGAAAAGGCGGAUCUGUCGAUCGUUUUCAAAGAUGGAAUUCUUUGUGAUAGCCUUAAGGAGGGCAUUAAGAAAGCAUUCAGCGAGGAUGGCCAACUUCUUCUCAAAUUUGCAUUCCAAGACUCAUUCCGGAACGCAAUUCUGGAAGAGCUUAGCUCUGCGAGUUGGAUCGAGAAAGGUCCCGUGAACAAAAGGUGGAUGGCAGAGUACAAUAUUGAAGAGAAUGACUCUCACGAGUCGGUGGCUAAGUUUGUGAAAGUACUUCGCUCACAGACGAUGAUGGAUUUCGUCAAAGAUCUGACAGGAAUGGAGUAUAAAGAUCCUCAAACUACACUUUGGGCUUACCGCCUCACACCAGGCUGUUACACGGUGAUUGGCGAUGAAGAUGCUGAGCAGUUCGCUAAAGACGGAGUGUCAACUGAUUUCUGGUUUUAUUUUGGAAAGUCACAGUGGGAAGAAGAAGCUGGUGGAGUGGUUGUAUACAUCAAGAAAGAUCAAGAGGAACCGGUGCUUCUCUGCCCUCCCACCAUCGACGCUAUGGCGGUUGUACACCGUGAAAAGGAAAUGUUUCCGUUUGUGAAAUACGUGAAUCAACUCGCUGAAAAAGAUCCUAUCUACGUAUUCGGAUUUUCGGUUUAUGGAGCAGUUGUGGCCGAUAAGAUUGCAAAUGGAAGUGGUGAUGCUGAAAACGAGAAAGACGAUGAUGCAGAGGGAAGUUCCUAG